AUGGAGAACCUUGCUCCAGAGCAGGCAGAUACUGACAAGGAUGGAUCAGGUGCAGCCGGCAGAAGGCAGCACCUAAACGACAUCACCUUAGACUUCGGCGCAGGGGCAUCGCUAUCGGCAUGUUCAGCUUUGCUGCGCCUUGCUUCCCCAGUGUUCGACCGAAUGCUAGACUGCGGCAUGAGGGAAGCACAGCAAAGCGUCAUCAAGGUGGAAGUUGCCCAACUGGAGGACUUCGACUUCUUUUACAACUUGCUCCGGCCAGGUGCAUGGAACGCAGACAAGGUGACCGAAGCGAAUGUCGAUGCCCUUCUUGCCAUAAGUGACUACUACCAGGUGGCCUUCCUCAAGACCACCUGCGAGGACAGGCUUCUCAGUCUGCCUGUGACUUCGGGCCGCCUUCUACAAGCCCACAAGCGUGGCCUUACACGGCAGUAUGAGCGAUGCAUUGCGUGCCAGGCCAGAGACUGCACCCCAGAGGACUUGGUGGACCUCUCUCGGACCUCACCUGAAAUCAUGCUUGACUUGGCCUUGCGAAUGCGGGAAACACAGCAGCAGAUUGGCGAGAUUCGCGCAAUGAGACCCACCUUGGCGAACGUCAAGUACAUGGCAGAAAAUUACAUUCCAGAGUUUCAGUUCAAUCGAAGUGGCUACAUCUCACGAGCUCUGAAUGUGUCUGAAGUCCAGAACCUAAGCUAUUUGCGCGGGCAUAUUCCAGUCGCCUUGGAACCUGUGCUAGAUCUUCUGGACUCUUUGGAAUGA